GUUCUCAAUUUCUAUUUUUAUCACGUGAUCCAACACUUCGCGCUCGUCUUUCUGCCUCAGUCUGUUAUACUAAAGUGGAAAUAUUAGGUGUUUGUGCGUUUUCGCAAAUACGUAUUAUUCAAUUUUUUUCUUAGGUGUUUUUGUUUUAACAACUUGAACCAUCAAAAUGGCAGAUGACGAGAGGAAAAGGAUCGAAGAGGCAAAGAGGGCCAAACAGGCCGAUAUCGACAGGAAGAGGGCCGAAGUCAGGAAGCGUAUGGAAGAAGCUUCCAAAGCCAAGAAGGCCAAGAAAGGUUUCAUGACACCUGACAGAAAGAAGAAAUUACGUUUGUUAUUGAGAAAAAAAGCCGCUGAAGAAUUGAAGAAAGAACAGGAAAGAAAAGCUGCCGAAAGAAGACGUAUCAUCGAAGAACGUUGCGGCAAGCCGAAGAUCAUUGAUGACGUAAACGAAGAAUCAUUGAAAAGGACUAUUAAUGACUAUUAUCAGAGGAUUAAUAAACUAGAAGAAGAUAAAUUCGAUCUUGAAUAUGUUUGUAAGAGGAAAGACGUAGAGAUCACAGACUUGAACAGCCAAGUUAAUGACUUGAGAGGAAAAUUCAUAAAACCAACCUUGAAAAAAGUUUCCAAGUAUGAAAACAAAUUUGCAAAAUUGCAAAAGAAAGCUGCAGAAUUUAAUUUCCGUAAUCAAUUAAAAGUUGUGAAAAAGAAAGAAUUCACCUUAGAAGAGGAAGAAAAAGAAAAAAAACCAGAUUGGUCGAAAAAAGGAGCUGGAAAAGAAGAAGUGGAAGUUGAUGCAUAAAUUUAAUUGCAUGCUGAUAAAUUAUUUAACCUCAAGUACACUUUUUAUUUUACCAGCUUACAUUGUUUAUAAUUCAAGAACCAAAAUUUCAUUAUGUAACAGUAAAUAAAUUAAAUCGUAAGUGUGUAAUAAUAAAACAUUUUUCCAAAAUGUG